AUGGCUUAUUUUGGAUUUAAGCAUAAACACGUACUCAUAUUCAUAAUACUGAUAUUAUUUACAACAUCAUCAACCAAUUGCAGUUUUCAAAAGAGACAGGGUUCUUGUAAUGACUGUAUUAAUAAGUUUUGUGCUUGCUCUUUCAACGGCGGCGGUCAAUGUGGAACAAUACUUAACGAAUGCAAUUUAUAUUGUGGAAAAAUAGGUACUAUUAAAUGUACAGCAACAUCUAUAGAGACUAUAAAUUUACCUCCUACACCUACACCUACUCCAAAAACUCCACCACCAAAAGCACCACCAAAAGUACCAACAAAAGUACCAACAAAAGUACCACCAAAAGUACCAACAAAGGUACCAACAAAAGUACCACCAAAAGUACCACCAAAAGUACCACCAAAAGUACCACCAAAAGUACCACCAAAAGUACCACCAAAAGUACCACCAAAAGUACCACCAAAAGUACCACCAAAAGUACCACCAAAAGUACCACCAAAAGUACCACCAAAAGUACCACCAAAAGUACCACCAAAAGUACCACCAAAAGUACCACCAAAAGUACCACCAAAAGUACCACCAAAAGUACCACCAAAAGUACCACCAAAAGUACCACCAAAAGUACCACCAAAAGUACCACCAAAAGUACCACCAAAAAUGCCACCAAAAGGUGCACCACCAAAAGAACCAAAAGGCGCACCACCAAAAGAACCAAAAGGUGCACCAACAAAUGAACCACCAAAAGGUGCACCACCAAAAGUACCACCAAAAGGUGCACCACAAAAAGAACCACCAAAAGGUGCACCACCAAAAGCACCACCAAAAGAACCACCAAAAGUACCACCACCUGCACCUCCACCAAAAGAACUACCACCACCAAUACCAAAAGCUCCACCACCAUUAGGUGUAACGCCAACGCCAACCAUCCCUGCUAAAACAACACCUACUACUUGUACCUCUGGAGAUGAUCCUAAAUGCUUUCCAUCAAACAUUGUUCCGAUAGUUACAACAUAUACAGAAUCAGGUGUAGAAACACCAACACCAGUUCCUGAAAACGCAAAAUUGACAACAAUCGAAACAACACUUACAUCAUACUUUGCUGGUUAUUCAACAAUAAAUUCCUUAGGUAUACCUACAUUCGUCCCUCCAUCCACUCUAUAUGUAGUGAAGAGUAUUGCCGUUACUGAAGCUCCUACCAAUACUAUAGUUUCAGAUUCUACGACAAUUUUACAUGAUAUUAAUAGUCAUGGUUUAUGGGGUGUUACUAUGAGUUUAUCCGUAAUAACUGCAACUUUCAUUUUUAUGAUGAUUGCGUAA